AUGGGAUGCAACUUUCCUUUGUGGGCGCUGGACGAUACCAAGCCCUGGCAUCUGCCGAUGCCCUUCGUCGGCCCGGUGUUGAGAACCUUUGGCGGUCUGCUCUUACUGACCAACGUGAAUGCCCUCUACGAGAAGAUGGGCAUCUUUGGCUACCAGAGGGCAUUUCCGAUUUAUGCCCUGAACCUAGUCUUGAUUGGUUUGAUCUUCUUGGUCAUCAGUGUGUUCUGCUCUCGUCGUCUGAACAAUUACGAGCACGACUGGAUCACCGUUUUCACAACCGCGUCGGUCACCGUUCUCUGGGCCAUCACCUUUUCCCUCAAUAUGGGCAUAGUCGUUGCUGGCUUUGUAAGGUGCAACGCCCCUCGCCUCCGAAAGCAUUCCCCUUUGGACUCUGGCAGCUAUUGUCAUUUCUUUGGCAAUCCGGAGCUGGCCGAAAAGUCUGGGUGGGAUGGAAAGGCUUGGCCGGCGUACUACUGGGCCAGCCUUGCUCUAUUCCUGGCGGUCGGCUUCUGCCAAGUUCUCAACUGGUACAUUUGGUUCCGCACGGUCCUGCCCAUUGUCCGCAAUCAAAGGCGGCGAGCGGCUCGACAGGCGCGAAUCGACGAGCAGCGAGAAGCGACACGAAUAGAGCUCCUGAGACACGAGAGGAGAGCUGCCAGGGAACCGCAACAGCAACUGAUGCUCCAAGACUUGCCACCUCCGAGUCCGGCGGCCAUCACGGCAGCUCAGAUCGAGUGGGUAUAA